AUGCUAUUCAAAUCCUUUGUUCCACUCCUUCUGUUGACAGCUUCUGUCAAGGCUGAUGAGACCACAACUUCUUUGAUCACUUUUACAGUUACCGAGACCUUGUUAUCCCCAUCAGAGAGCUCUGCAUUGUCAGUUUCCUCUGCCUCGGCCGCCUCCGCUGCCUCUGCUUCUUCUGCUUCCGUUGCUUCUGAGUCUUCCGCCUCUGCGGCAUCUGUCUCUUCUGCUUCGGCCGCGUCUGCUGCUUCGGCUGUCUCUGCUGCUUCUGCUGAGUCCGCCGCUUCUGCUGCUUCCUCUGCUUCUGCUGAGUCGGCUGCCUCCGCGGCCAGCGUCGCCAGCGUCUCUUCCGUCUCAGCUGCCUCGGCCGCCUCUGUCUCUGAGGCCUCCGUUGCCUCUGCUUCCGACGCUUCUGAAGCUUCUGAAGCUUCUGCCGCUUCUGUCGCUUCCGAGUCCUCUGCCUCCUUAGAGAAGGCCAAGGGACUCUUGGCUAUUGCCUCCGCUGCCUCGGUCAGCAGCUCCAGCGCAGAAGUCACAACCACAUCCGCACAAUCUAGUGCUAGACCUUCUGUCGCAUCCUCCACUCUUAGAACCUCGAUCGUGAGCUCUGCUGCUCCAUCUUCCUCGAAGGCUUCUUCCGUGGUGCCUGCUUCGUCCUCUUUCUCCUCCAAGGCUUCUCACAGCAGUUCUGCUGUGAGCUCCUCCAAACACAGUUCUAGCGCAAAGCACUCCUCUUCGAGCUCCGUUUCUACUGCCGAUGAUACCUCCUCGAGCGCUACCAGCUCUGCUUCUGACUCCACCGCUUCCUCUUCCUCCUCUAAAGGUGACGCCAAUGGUGUUUCUCCAUUGAGCGGACUCACUCUUGGUGUCGCAGGAAUGGUGAUGGCUGCUUUGCUCUAG